UGUGCUGCCUAACGACGCUGCGUUGGUAACUAAUUGAUUCAGCUUCAGAUUCAGUUAACUUUUCAUUAAGGUCCUCAACGAUAUUUAAAACAGUCAGAUUUGAUACUGCAACUCUAGCUGUGCAACCGAGUGAGCUAAAAGACACUAUAUAGUGCAUUGUGAAAAAGGCGUAAUAGCUACACACACCCAUGACGUCCUUGCGCACACAUAGAUCUAUACCGCCCUCCAGCCUCUUCCAGCGCUCUCAGACUAACUCAGCCGUACCUAGGGCGAAGUUGCUUUGUGAUCUCUUCGGUUCAUUUGCCAGCUGGGAGAAUGCUAACAAUGAAAAGCGCAUAGAAUGGCCUUCGUCGACAUUCAUGAACAAAUGCCACAAAUCACUUGAAGCAGUCUUGAGUUUUCUCUUGCAGUUUAUUCUGCACGAGAUGGAUAAUCAAAACAAAUGCUACUAUGACAAGCCUAUGGGCUUUUUCUACAAUAACAGCAACCAAAGCAGUGAAGGUUGGGAGGCCACACAGCUUAUCCUUGUCCAAUGUGUUGGCUCCAUCUUCUGCAGUUUUAUACUGGUGGCCAAUGCCAUGGUCAUUGCAGCGGUGGUCACAAACAGGAGGUUUCACUACCCUUUCUACUAUCUCCUGGCCAACCUGGCUGCCUCGGACUUCCUUGCUGGAAUUGCUUAUAUUUAUCUCAUGUUCAACACUGGCCCCUCAGUGUCCCCAGUCUUGACUGUGCAGAAGUACUUCAUUCGUCAGGGCUUGUUGGACACCAGCCUCUCAGCCUCCCUCGCCAAUCUCCUGGUGAUUGCUUUGGAACGCUACAUCUCUGUCAUGAGCUGGAAGAUUCACAGUAAUCUCAAUAAAUGGCGGGUUACGCUCCUGAUUGUGCUUGUGUGGGCCAUCUCCAUAUUCAUGGGAGCUGUGCCCAGCCUGGGCUGGAACUGCAUCUGUAGUUUAAAGUCGUGCUCCACACUAGCACCUAUUUUCACUAGGAGCUACCUGAUCUUCUGGUCUGUUUCCAACUUGGUUGUUUUCCUGAUAAUGGUGUCCAUAUACCUAAGGAUAUAUAUCUAUGUAAGGAAGAAAACAACUGUCUUAAAAGCCCAUACAAGUGGAUCUAUAAAUCGCAAGAGGACGCCAAUCAAGCUUAUUAAAACUGUGAUGACCGUGUUGGGAGUUUUUGUGUUCUGCUGGACCCCUGGCCUGGUGGUGCUGCUCUUGGAUGGCUUAAAAUGUGAGAAGUGCAAUGUAUCGAAGUUCAAGAGCUGGCUCCUUCUUCUGGCAGUCCUCAACUCAGUCAUGAAUCCGAUCAUCUACUCCUACAAGGAUGAUGAGAUGUGGACCACCAUCAAGAACUUACUGCGCUGCGUGUGUACAGGCACGCGCCGGCAGAGGUCAUCCAGGGCCAACAUUCGGGCUAACAGCUCGAGCCCAGAGACUAGUAACAGCCUACGUCUUCCUGAAGACAAGAAGACAUCUACUGUGGACAUGCUGAAGACCGAAGAACUCUGAUCUGUCAUGUACUUACAUGUGUAAGAGUGACUGAUUCUGUGUGUCCAUUACAGUAGUGUGCAGACAUUCCAGAAAUGCCACUGUAGCUUUGGUCUGAAGCUUUAUAUAUUGCCAUGGUACUUAAAAGAUCAAUGCACCUUGUGGGAAUUAACUUAACAGACAGUUCAAUGCAUUUCCUUUCUGUGACCUCAAUAUUUUUUUUCAUUACUAUAAUUAUUAGAUUGUUUUAGAUUUUAUAUUGUAUAAAGAAAUCAGUGUAAAUUUGUUGAUUGUUUUUAUAUGUACAAUACUAAAUUUCUAUCCAUCAUUGAGUAGCUCUAAGCUUGAACUGGAUGACAAGUUUUAAUUAUUUUAUAUUGUAAAGUACUUUAAGCCAGCAAGCAGGGUAAUAUGUCUUUUUAUCUGUUUCAUUAUUAAAAGUCCCAGAGUGUGGGUUUUACA